AUGUGGUUAAGCUUUGUCGUCGUUUGCUUCUUGUACAACGCUUUUGGAAUACCUUUACGUAGUAGUUAUCCAUAUCAAACUGAAUCGAAUCUUAUAUAUUGGCUCAUUUGUGAUUACUUCUCUGACUUCUUCUAUAUAGUUGAUUUAAUGGCCAUUAAGCCGAGAAUUCAGUUUAUGCGAAGUGGAAUUGCUGUGACAAACAGAGACGAAACACUGAAAAAUUACAUCAGAAGCACUGUAUUUAAGAUGGACAUUAUAUCAGUUCUACCGUUUGAUUUGUUUUACAUAUGGACGGGGCCAUUCGCUGCUUGGCGAUUCGUUCGAGUUUUUAAGAUUUUUUCUUUCUGGCAAUUUUUCAAUUUGCUUGACAAUUCUUUUUCGAGUCCAUAUAUUAUCAGAAUAACGAAGACUUUAUCUUAUAUGGUUUAUAUAAUACACUGCAAUAGUUGCAUAUACUAUAAGCUGAGCGCUUGGCAAGCAUUCGGGCAAAUUGCGUACAGAAUGAAUAACCGAUGGUACCUUAAUAAAUGGGUUUACAAUAAUCAAGGCAACGCAUAUAUCCGCUGUUUUUAUUUCACAGCAGCAGUUGCCACUUCAACGGGCAAUAACCCUUCACCGACCAAUGUGAUCGAAUAUAUUUAUAUGACUUUUUCAUGGAUGAUGGGCGUCUUUGUGUUUGCGCUCUUAUUAGGACAGAUUCGCGAUAUAGUAUCCAACGCGAAUCGGAAUCGAGAGCUUUACCGACAAACCAUGGAUCGAGUUGUUUCCGAAUGCAAACGACUGCAGUUGCCGAGGGAAGUUGUCGACCGAGUCAUGGACUGGUUCUUUUAUACUUGGCAACGUCAAAAGACGCUUGAUGAAAAGAAGCUAAUCGAGAAAUUGCCGCUAAAAUUACAAACGGACCUUGCUUUGUCGGUUCAUUAUAACACGCUGAGCAAAGUCCAACUUUUCCAGGACUGUGACAGAGCCUUACUUAGAGAAUUAGUUCUGAGGCUGAGACCUGUUAUAUUUUUACCUGGCGACAUGAUAUGUAAAAAGGGUGACGUGGGAAAGGAAAUGUAUAUCGUUAAUGAUGGUGUUCUACAAGUUGUUGGCGGUGAAAAUAAUGAAAAAGUCUUUGCUGAACUCACGGAAGGAUCAGUAUUCGGUGAAAUAAGCUUGCUUGCAAUAGGUGGUAACAAUAAAAGAACGGCCAGCAUUCGUUCGAAAGGUUAUUCGACAUUAUUUGUGCUAUCGAAAGAAGAUCUUAAUGAUGUUAUAAAAGAUUACCCUGAGGCACAAAGAUUAUUAAAACGGAAAGCAAAGAAAAUGCUAAACAAAGAUGCGAAAGCAAAGAAUGAAAUUGACCAGAAGCAGAAGAAAACCUUCGAAGAAACCUGUCAUAUUUCGACUCAUAUCUCGACACCUCGAAUGUUUAAAACUGUUUUACAAUUAUUACCUGAAGGAAGUACGAGGAACGAACUACAGUCAACAUUAAGUAAUUCUUAA